AUGCUCCUGCUUGUUCUGUUGGUCCUGCUCCUGCUCCUGCUCCUGCUCCUGCUCCUGCUCCUGCUCCUGCUCCUGCUCCUGCUCCUGCUCCUGCUCCUGCUCCUGCUCCUGCUCCUGCUCCCUAACCUUUCAACUCACCUCCACCGCAUCCAGAUCAAGGAGAUGAUGUCUCAGUUUCCGACUUCACCAGUGCCGCACUUCAAGCUUGGGAAUGUAGCACGGGCGACAGAGCGAUGGGAGGAGGCGGUGGGGCACUACAGGAAGGCCAUCGCUUUAGCUCCUCAGUUCGUGAACGCUCGCGUCAACCUGGCCAUGGCGUUCAGGGGGAUGAACCGCCUCGACGACGCCAUCCAGAGCUACCGGGAGGCGCUGGAGUACGAGCAGGAGCGAGCCGACGUGUUUGUCAACUUCGGGGUGACUCUCGACGCGGCGGGGAAGAUGGAGGAGGCGAAGGAGGCGUACGAGAAGGCGAUAGCUCUCGAUCCCCUCCUCUACCAGGCCUACUUCAACUUCGGCGUGCUCAUGGCCGAGAGCUUCAAGGACCGGGAGGCAGGGAUUAAGCUGUACCAUCAGUCUCUGAAGAUCGAGCCCAACUUUCCUGAUGCCUACCACACGGUAGGAAGUAAGCGAGGGAGGACAGGAGAGGCUGUGGAGAAGGAGGGAGCGAGUGGGAGGAAAGGAAGGGGGCUGUGGGGCAAGGGGGAGGGGGAGACUGCGGGAAGGAGUACGGCAAAGGAGGGAGAGACUGACUUUGACCUCCAGCUCGGAAACAUCUACACGACCCUGGGGAAGUACGAGGAGGCGAAGAGGUUCCUCGAGAUGGCUGUCGCUCUGCGCCCGGACGACAGUCGCUUCCACAACUCACUUGGCAUGCUGGCGGAUGCCCUUGGGGAUAAUCAGGCAGCCCUGCGUUACUAUCAGCGGUCUGUCAACCAGUCCCCGAGAUCUCCUGCCGCCAUCAUCAACGCUGCCAAGGUUCUCAACUCACAGGCGAGGUACAAGGAAGCAGAGGCCAUGUGCAUGGAGGCCAUUCGCAUCGACCCCAAGUACGGGGAAGCCUACUGCCAGCUCGGAGACGUCUACAAGGACUCGGAACAGAUCGGGCUAUCAGUGCAGGCGUACUCGGAGGGGAUUAAGCUUGCUCCGGGCUACGAAGCGGGCUUCUGCAACUUCUUCUACGCCACCAUCUUCGCCUGCCACUGGGAGGGGCGGGGGAGGCACGUGAAGCGACUGCGGGAGAUCAUGAAGGGAUACUUGCAAGGAAAGGACCCGCUGAUCCACGAGUGCGUCCAGCCAUUCCAGAGCUUGGCCUAUCCCCUCGAGCCCGAGGAGCUUCUCGCCAUCGCCUCCUUCCAUGCCAACAAGGCUGCCGUCCAUGUCAGUGGAGUGGUGGGGAAGAACUUCAAACCCUUUCCCCUCGUCCGCUAUCCCCUCAUCGUCCAUGCUGCUCACAAUCCACACGGCGAAGGCAGCAGGAAGCUGAGGAUCGGGUUUGUGUCGGCUGACUACAAGGACCAUCCCGUUGUCAAGGAUCUGGUCCGCAAGAUGUCCUCUCGAGCAGCAGCUUCCUUCGUCUACGCUUCUGCUGGACAAGGACGAACGACGCUAGUGCGCUCCAUGAAGGACUACGUGGACGUUGCUGUCAAACUAGGGAGGAAGAAGAAUAGAAAGAAACUCAGGAAGAUGAAGAAAGAGCUGGAAGAGGGAAGGUUCAAGAGUCCUAUGUUCGACACCAGGAGAUGGGUCAAGACCUUUCAGAAGCUGAUCCGGAUGCUAUGGGACGCGCACGCAGGAAGGGUGGAAAGUUUGCAGGACGACAUCUUCUCAGAUCUGAACCGGACCAUGUUGAAGGAGAGCCUCAAAAUAGCUCCCAUCUCCUUGACCUGGGAGACUCUUGACGCUGGGAUGCAGUACGUCGCCUCUUCACCAUCAGAGAUCGAGGAAACGAUCACCUGCGAUAUAGUGAGCGUCUCGCACUACAAACCAAUUGUAUCAUCCUACCUGACCGUUCGCCAGUGUGUUCAGAACAUCCGAAGCAUUCUUCACUGGAACUCCAGCAAUGAUCGCCCACUGACCGGCGGUCUUGGGCGUCACAUCUACAAGCAUUGCAGCAAGAAGGCCUGUCCUGCUAGCCAUGGCCAGUGCGGUGGAAACCGCGGCGGCAUCCAGCAAUUCGGAGCAGCGGCCAAGAAACUCAGAAUCGGAAGUAGCAGCAGCUGGCAUUCUGACAGGAGAUGUUUCUUGAUGACAAGUGUGUGA